AUGCCGGUUUUUGAAAUAUCAGCAGACUCUCCUGUCCGAGGAGCCCCGGAAGGCUCAGACAGCGGCGACCUCGUUGACAAACUCCAGGACGUGCCCCGUGCGAUGGCAUAUUACGAUGCACCGCGGUUUUCACUGCCGUCAUCGCAGCUCCGACUAAGAUUGGCGAGGAGAUUGCAAGCGAAGCGUCCUAGGCGCAAUAACACCGCUGCUGCUCAUCACCACGCCAGUGAUGAUCCGGCGGAUCAGUCGACAGUGGACAGGGCGACACCAGCAGUAGCACCCCUAGAUUCGUCAUCGCCAUUGCCAUCGUCAAUACAUUCAAAGGUGAGGCGACAAAGAUUGGUCAAACGUAGCCAUAGCCUUUACAGUCGACCCGGGGAGAGCCAAAGAUCCGAGGCCGAGAUCGAGACCGAAACCGACCUCGUGGAUGCCGCAGCAGCUCACAGUAUCUCCGACAAACGGAUCUUCGUACGCACCGAGAUAACCAUCUCUGAGUCUCUGGAGCUCGACUUGGCUCCCGACCGGAGUCACAUCCCGCGGCUGGUAACGCGCAUAAGCGGACCAGAAGUCGGCAACGCUGUCUCAGGUUCCCGUUUGUCGUCUGGGGAGCCAAUCUCCGAACCUCAUCCAAGUCCUACGGCCUUCGUGGAGAGCAUCUCACGGCAGUUCAACGACGGUGGGCCCUCUCGACCGUCGUCUUCGCCGUCAUCGUCCUCGCAAACACCCUCUGCCGAUGAUGAGACAGGAGGAUCUGGUCGUGGCGCAGCGGUUCUUGGUGUGAGAACGCCAACGACAACGUCGACGAGGCGCUGGACCAAGCGACGGUGGUCGAUCGCGUCACAACCGACUUUGUCCUCGUCAACUGCUACCACGCGUUGCUCGUCGAGACAUCGGGAGAACGAGGGGUCGUCAUCGUCAUUAUCGCCAACACCUGCUCCCUCCGCAUCCCGCCUUGGAAGUGAAGUCGCCGGAACCACUGACGAGGAACACGCGACGCAAAGCAAACCAGGAACUAGAACCCGGUUUAGAUUUCGCAUUCCGGACUUUCUCCGUCCGCUGGACGAACCUCUGCCUCCUACCCGGACAUACGACCUUGUGUUGCGACGUGAUCUCUUCUCCCGAGCCCAGCCAGGCAACGAGGUCCCUCUGACCACCGUCCAGAAUGGGUCGAGAAAGGCCCAGGCCAAGGCUGUUAGGGCAUCGGAAGCAGGUCUUGCUCGCUCGGGCAGCUGUCCUGUUUUGCCGCCAUUCACAUAA